UCCACACAGAUAAAAAUGAUGACCAAACCAUUUGGAAAGAGCGGAGAUGUGAGUGAGCUGGUGAGCUCCCUGGGCUGGCUGGAGGAAGAUGAAUGCAGCUCUCAGGAUGGAGAGGAGAGCCAUGGCAUGAGUGUAGGGGGCCAAAUUCACUCCUGCACAGACAUGGGCAGUGAGGAUAUGGAGGAAGAUGAGGAGGAUAACAAUGAUGAUGAUGAUGAUGAUCAGGAGAUUGGACCAAAUGGAGAACAUGCUCCCAAAAGGAGAGGCCCUAAGAAGAAGAAGAUGACCAAAGCAAGACAGGAGAGGUUUCGUAACCGGCGAACUAAAGCCAAUGCGAGAGAACGUUCCCGUAUGCAUGGGCUGAACGACGCCCUGGAAAGUCUGCGCAGAGUGAUGCCCUGCUACUCCAAGACACAGAAGCUGUCAAAGAUUGAAACCCUACGGCUGGCACACAACUACAUCUGGGCCCUGUCGGAGUCGCUCGAGAACGGCCAGUCCCCUGACAGCCAUGGCUUUGUGGAGAUUCUGUGCAAAGGUCUGUCUCAGCCCACCAGUAACCUCGUGGCCGGCUGCAUGCAGCUGGGAUCCAGUCCGAUAAACAACAAGAUGGACGAUAAGUGUGGAGGCCCGGGGAUGGGUGGUGUGGGGGGUCAGGCAGGCCAUCCUCUCAGCUUCCCGUCUCCAGGCCUUCCCAGCCCCCCCUAUGGCUCCCUGGAGGCAUCCCACCUACUCCAUAUGAAGGGAUUCAAGGGGCCUGUAUACGACAACCCAUCCCCUAACGAGUGCAGCAGCGGCACCCCACCAUACGAUGGGCCCCUUACUCCCCCCCUGAGCAUCAGUGGCAACUAUGCCCUGAAGCAGGAGCCCUCUCCACGUGAGCCCGAGAGGAACUACACACCCCACUCCGGCCACAAUCCCCACUACCUCUCGUCGCACCAUUACCACACUGGCGGCAUGCCAGGGGGGCCUCAGGGCCAUCCACUCUUUCAAUCUUCACGCUAUGAGAUGCCCCUCGAUGUGGCCUUUGACUCCUUCAAUCCCUCUCACCUUGUCGCCUCACAGAUGGGCAGCAUCUGA